UUCUGUGUGAGAUCUGCAAAAAAACAAGAGAGAGAAAAGAAGAAAAAAAAAAGCCCGAGAAAAUGAGGGAAAAUCGCUGAGAAAAUUUUCAGACGGUGAGCACUUGAUUUUUUUCUUGUUUUCCUCCGAAAUUUUAUCGUGUUUGGAUGUUGUAUAGCUGCGGUUUCUGGUGAAGCUGCGUAGAUUCUUCGAAGGCUUUUCAAUCGUAAUUUUCGAUUUUCUCCGCCAUGAGGAUCCGUAAAAACGCGAAGUUAUCGCCGCUGUUGUUCUCGCCGUCCAUGGCGUCCGUUCCUCAAGCUCUUCCGACGCACGUUUGCCAGCUGAACCAGUCGCCGUGGGAUGUGAUUCCGCUCCACCAAGACGCCGCGAACCAGCUCGAGGAGGCCGAAGAUAGCUUCGCUGGAAAUGCUAGCUUGGGCGAUUAUUCUAUCGGAGCCGUCGAGAGCGUCGCGUCGAUGAUGGAGGAGUCGGCGAAAUUAUCGAAUAAUAUAGUUAUUAUCGAUGAGAAUGAAGUAAUGGCGGAGAAGGAUGAUGAUUCCGGAGAUGAAAAUGGAGUCGGAUUCGAGAAAUUAGUCGCUGGAGACGACGAUAGGAGUUGGAAAUGUAAGAAGCAACCUAAAGAGGAAGAUUAUUCUUCUUCGUUUAGUUCCGACCACCGCCACCACCAUCACCACCACCACCGCCGUUCCUUUCUUAGGUCUAGCGAAAACAAUAAUUACUCUACUCUCAAUAAUUACUCGAUUACUAAGAAAGCUGCGGCCGGAACGCGGCGGACGCGGCCGGCCAGGGCUUCGAAGAAGGCGGCGGCGGCGGGAGGGUCGAAUCCGUACGAGUUCUAUUAUUAUUCUGGAUUCGGACCGCUGUGGGGGAAGAAACGGCGGGAGAGAGGAGGGGAAGAAGGGGGGAGAUCGGUGGAAAAUACGGCCGGAUUUCGGAGCAAUGCGACGACGCCGUCGCCGUCGCCGUCUGAAAUCGACGGCGACGAAUGGGAUUAUGUGGACGACGAGGACGACGACGGAGACGGCGACGGCGACGGCGGGAAGAAGCGGAUGAGGAAGCCGGUGAAAGCGCGGUCGUUGAAAUCGCUGAUGUGAAGAAGAAGAAGAAGAAGAAGAAGGGAUUUGAAUUUUGGAUUUGGUUUUUGGUGGUGGGAAAAAUUAUCGGGAAAUUAAUUCGCGAGGGUUUUUUUUCCGUCUCUUCUUCGUUCUGCAACAAAUUCUUUUUUUUAGGGUUGAAGGAUUUUUCAUUUCUUUUUCUUUUUCUUUU